UGCGCGGCGCGACCGCUGCUGGUCUGCCGACAGUCAAAAAUGGCCGGAGCCAGCGACUGGUUUAGCAUCGGGAGCACGGUGCUUUGUAAAACCUGCCAUGAGCAGGAGAUAGAGGGUGAAGUGCUGGCAUUCGAUCCACAGACCAAAAUGCUGAUACUAAAAUGUCCAUCAUCGAGUGGUAGACCCUCGCUAAAUGAUGUACACAUAGUAAAUUUAUCUCUCGUAUCUAAUGUUCAAGUGAUACGAGAAGUUAGUCCUACUACCAGCGAACCACCACAGAGCCUUAAUUUACAAAGGCUAAAUACAAGAGUUCGUAAUCAGGUUGAAGAGAAGAAGAGACUGGUAAUGGCUCUGCAGGCCGGAGUAUCUCCAGAGGGACAGAAACUCUUUAUUGCUAUUUCAAAGACUAUUCAAGAUAUUACGUGGAAUGGAGCUAAUAUUGUUGUAUUUAAUAAUGUCACUAUUAGACCACCAUACAAAGUGGACAAUGUUCAUGGAAACACAGAAUCUGGAGCAUAUAGACAUGUAAAAAAAGUGGUUGAGAAACACAUUAAAGAUACCGCUCAAGCGCAGCAACAACGGGAACAACAGCAACAGCAGACACAGAAAGGCGGCGAACUGCAAUAAGAGUCCAAAAAGGCACUACACCAUCAAGAUCGCUAAAGAUACCUUUCAAGAAGUUCCAAUGUUUGACAAAAAAUAGGAAGAAUUAACGGGAUGUAAACACACAAACAGCCUGACGACAGAACAACAUAGAUAAGCCUAGAUCGCGGAAAAUUGGCAUCUUCGAGUGAACUCCAAUCGUUUGUUGAAUGGAAAAAGAACAAAUGAAGUGUAAAUUCAAAGAAAAAAUUUCACACAUUCUUAACCCGAGUAUUGUUAACAGUAUCGCAUGUGCAGCAUUUUAUAAAUACAAUCAGACGUAUCAUUCGUAAUUAUUAGUCAUCAGCCUAAAAAAACUCUACAAAAGCAAGAACAGAUCGACUGAUUCAAGUAACUACCGCGUAUUUGUUAAACACCACUGAUACUACAUUCGUAUGUAAUGUAUAUCAAUGCACCGGAAUAUGCUGUAGUUUAAAUAAUUUAAUUCAAAUACGUUUUUAACAGUCGGUUUAUCAAUUAUCGACAUUCAGCAUGAAACGUAUUUUAGCAUAAAUUGAGAUGGAUUCCCCUUUUUAAACGCAAAUCCACGCAUUCUUAAGAUAAUGUAUAUUAUUUAAGCCCGUAUGAAACGGCUCCAAUAUUUGCAACAGCAUCAAAGAUAACGCGCGUCGCGAAGUAAAAUAAAAUACACAGUUGUCAACAUCUCCAACGUUCCGUUCAAUUACGUAAUUUUCUCAGUAAUAAAUUGUGAUUUAUCAUUAAGAUCAUUACGAUAA